UACCUGUCAAAAAAAGCGCGCGAAACCAAUCGAUUUUUUUUAACUAUUAUUUUUUUUAUCGAUUCGGCACUCGUGAGGUGUUGUACAAAAUGAAAUAUUUCGUCGUUUUCGCCGUUUUUGCUGUCGUCUUUGCGGCUGAAGAGCAGAAGGAGGAUGAGAGGCCGAAGACUUACAAGAGGCUGAUCCCGGCCGACGUGUUAAGAGACUUCCCCGGAAUGUGCUUCGCGUCGACCCGCUGCGCCACCGUGGAGCCUGGCAACUCCUGGGACCUGUCACCCUUCUGCGGCCGCAGCACCUGCGUGGUCAGCGAGGACACGCCUCCCAGGCUCUUGGAGUUGGUGGAGGACUGUGGCCCUCUGCCGUUGGCUAACCCCAAGUGCAAACUUGACACUGACGCCACCAACAAGACGGCUCCCUUCCCUGGCUGCUGUCCAAUCUUCACUUGCGAAGACGGUGUCAAGUUGGAGUACCCUGAACUCCCCACUCCUGCCCCAGAAGCCGAGAAGAAAGAGGAAGAAAAGAAGGCUUAAGAACUCAAAAAGGGGGGCAUUUUACAACAUCAGCCAACAGCCUAAAGAUGAAGAGCGAUUGGUCGAAAAUCGCGUGAUAAUCUGCAAGACAGAAUCUCAUUGGCUGAUGAAUUGUCGUAUCGUAAAAUGCCCGGGGUGUAGAAAUUGGUCUCAAAAUAUUCCUUAAUUAUACCAAAUUUUUUAUUUUACUGUUCUGUUUGACUGCUGAAAAUUUGACCUCGGAUUCUGUGGAUUUAUUUAUCAGAUUUUCUAUAAAAAAAUGAUAUUGUGAGCUAGAAUUAAAUUGGUCAUUCAGAACAUAUUUUCGUGGUUUAAAUAACGUUUUUGGUGUGACUGAGUCACAAAAGAGUUCAAAAGUAGAUUUCUAUUUCCUGUUCUUUAUUAACUUUACAAAUGAAUCAAACAACAGUGGGUUUAGUCAUCGAGUGACAAUAGAAAGUUUGUUGACACAAAAAUGUAUGGAACGCUGCUUGUGAUUCUGCGCCGUUUGGACAGAAAUACAAAACAAUAAAUUAAAAAAAAUAUAUUGAAAAAAGUUUGUAACUUUUUUUGUAUUUUUUUUCCAACGGUGCGUUUUGUUUUUAGAAGUUAUCGGCUUUUUUACUUGAAUACCUAACUAAUUAUAAUGUUUUGUGAUAUUGAUAACAUUAAUAUAAAUAGAAAAGUUAUUCAAUAAAAAAAUACAAAAUUUCUACGUUGUUGUUUUUUUGCGUACUUGUCUUUCAUUUAGUAAUUUAUCCUUCAUCAAUAUUAUACAAUCAACACUGAAUGGAUUAUCACGUGCUUUUUAGUCCCCUAUAAAUAUAAGGUAUAUAACAACAGCUUUCAACAGAACUCUAUUGUUGACUGUACUUAAGUGUUUUUUUAUUCUCGUCAUACCAAUUUGCUGAUUCGACUCAAAAAAAUACAAACGUUAUGAUGUUCUAUGAUAUGAGACAUAUUGUACUAGUUGGCUUAAAUAGUUUCUAUAAAUAAAUACCCCCACUAAUUAA